CCCUACACUUAAGCAACAAACUAUUGGUUCCUAUGGUUGACGUAUAGCAAGAGUUGAAACUCAAACAUUCCCAAUCUUAAAAUUUAAAACCUAAGAAAAUAUUAGCAAUGGCUAACAGUAAAUUGCUUGUUCUUCCUCUUCUCAUUUAUAUGGGAUAAUUGCUGCAAGUGUACGAUAAAUCAAUAGGAAUAAUUAAUUGCUGCAAGUACAAGAGCAGAAGCGUCAGAAGCUGCAAAUCUUUAAGGCCAAUCGGGAAUUAUUAGUACCAUCGUAGCAAUGAAUCCAACAGCAGUUCAGCACAUCUCAGAAUCCUUCAUAAAGCCCCAACACAUGACGGAAGAAUCAAAACAUCCAUACUAUUUGUCCCCAUGUGAUCUUGGUAUGGUCUCUGCCUGCUACAUCCAAAGAGGCCUUCUCUUUGCCAAACCAACUCCACAGGAAGACUUCAAGAUCUUUGAUCUCUUGGAGAAGCUCAAACACUCCCUAGCUCUUACGCUUGUCCAUUUCUACCCACUUGCAGGUCGCCUCGCAACUUCAAAGUCUGAAGAUCCCCCUUCAUAUGUAAUCUAUGUGGAUUGCAGCAAUAGCCCAGGUGCUCGAUUUGUACACGCAACUGUUGAAAUGACAGUAUCAGAUAUUCUUUCACCUACAUAUGUUCCAUCGGUUGUUCAAUCUUUCUUUGACCAUCAUAGAGCUCUCAACCAUGAAGGUCAUGUCCGGUCGUUGCUAACAAUUCAAGUUACAGAACUAAUUGAUGGAUGAAGGGUCAAAAUGUCCGGUGCGUUUGCUAACAAUUCAAGAUUACAGAACUAAUUGAUGGAAUCUUCAUUGAUGUUCUUUCACCACAUGAAUCAGUUCCAAGUGCUCGCAGCCAAGCCAGGUUUUGUGAAGCGCUGGUUUCGCUGGACAAGUUGUGGUCCUAUAAUCAAUCUUCCUUUUACUUCACCACGAGACAGUUUCUUAGUGCCCAUUGUGAAGGCACCGGCCUGCUAAAAGUAAAGAAUAUUUCAUUUUUCAGCAGAAGUGCUAUUGUCUAACUCAAAGUAAAAAGCAAAUACAGAGUACAAUAGCCACAAGAUUUCCUCCUUCCAGUCUUUAUCUGCAUUUAUGUGGAGAUGCAUAACCCGUGCACGUCAUAUACCUCAUGAUCAAGUAACUCAUUGCAGCCUAGCAUGCAAUAACAGAUCAAGAUUGAACCCACCUUUAUCACCAAACUACUUUGGUAACUUUGUUGAUGCAGUUUCAGCUUCUACCACAGGAUGUGAACUGCUAGAGCAGAAUCUUGGAUGGGCAGCUUGGCUGCUGCACCAAGCUGUGAUUAAUCAAACAGAUAAAAAGUUUCGCGACCGGAUUGAUUCGUGGAUUAAAUCGCCCAUUAUUUAUCAUCUCGGCCAGUUUUUUGGUCUUUAUGGUGUGGUCUUCGGAAGUUCUCCACGUUUCAGUAAGUAUGGCUGUGAAUUCGGAUUGGGUAAAGCUUUGUCUCUUCGUAGUGGGUAUGCAAAUAAAUUCUGUGGCAAGGUGUCAGCCUACCCAGGACGUGAAGGUGGUGGAAGUGUGGAUUUGGAGGUGUGCCUUCUCCCAGAUUCGAUGACUGCUCUUGAAUCUGAUAAAGAAUUCAUGGCUGCUGUCUCUUAGCCUCCUUCACAGUACUACUAAUAAUUAAGACUUAAAUGGUUGACGUUGUUGUGUGAUUGCUUUCCUUGCAUUGUAGCUUUCAUUAAUGCAAAUAACAAGGGUUAAUAACCCAUUUCACAUGUA